ACAUCAAUGAGUGCCUCCAAGGAAGAGGACCUUGUGGAUUUGGUGCCAUUUGUACCAACUUGCCAGGGAACUACAAAUGCAUCUGUCCUUCAGGCCUUGUUGGUGAUCCAUAUAAAGAAAACUGCCGUCAGCCCAUCACCGGGUGUAGGCGAGACGAAGAUUGCAAGCUCAAUGAAGCAUGUAAGAGAAUCAAUGGGGAGUGUUAUGAUGUGUGUUCCAAACCUGGCAUCUGUGGCAAAGGAGCCAUUUGCCGUGCACUCAACCACCAGUCGGAAUGUUACUGCCCAAGUGGACUAACUGGCAACCCCUAUGUUGAGUGUAGUAUAAUUCAAACUUGUCAAAAACAUGACGAAUGCCUUGGAAACCUGCAUUGUCUUGGAGACCGCUGUGGUUGUCCUCAACCAUUUAGACAGCAAGGACUUUUCUGCAUAUUGACAAGCCAAAACUGCACAACUACCAACCCCUGUCCAGAGAAUCAGGAAUGCGUGUAUGAAGGUGGACCUUAUGGUUUCUGCAUUUGUCCACGUGGAUUUAACCUUACACCAUAUGGGGCUUGCAGAGACAUUGAUGAAUGUCAGAAGCUUCCUUUUCCAUGUGCUACAGGUGCACAGUGUUACAAUACCAUUGGUAGUUAUCGUUGUGAAUGUCCUGUAGGCACUAUAGGAGAUCCAAAUUAUGGUGUUUGUAAGGUUCCUGAAGGUGAGUGUCGUAUAGAUGACGACUGCCCCUUGCACGAAGCUUGUAAUGUUGCAUUAAAGAAAUGUUAUGAUCCUUGCCAUACUGAUAGUGCUUGUGGCCGAAAUGCCAACUGCCGAGUAGUUAAUCACAAACCAGAAUGUUCUUGUCCACCUGGUUUUACUGGACAACCAUUACUUUAUUGCCAUAGAGUGAGAGGAUGCCAGUCUCACCAGAACUGUCCAGGAAAUCUAUUCUGUUUGCCUAAUGGCUAUUGUGGCUGUCCUCCAGACUACUCAAGACGUUAUGACUUCUGUAUAAGAACAAGCUACAACUGCACUACCACCAACCCGUGUCCAGAAAAUCAAGAAUGUGUAUAUGUGGGUGGAACUUAUGGUUUCUGUAUUUGUCCACGAGGCUUUGCACUUGAAAUUGAUGGUACUUGCAGAGAUGUGAAUGAAUGUAUUGAAAAUCGACCUCUUCCUUGUGCCCGUGAUGAAUACUGUCGAAACGUUCCUGGUACUUACGAGUGUCGCUGUCCAGAAGGAUUCCACGGUGACCCUUACAUCACAGAUUGCUUAAAGAGAACUAUUGAAGGAGAAUGUAAGUCAGACAAUGACUGUGCUUAUGACGAGGCCUGUGAUAUUCUUCAAGCCACCUGUUACAACCCAUGUUAUGAAGGUCAACCUUGUGGACAAAAUGCUAUCUGUAGAACAGAAAACCACCAACCUAUUUGUUCAUGCCCCCCUGGAUACUCAGGAAAUUCACGAGCUUACUGCUUCAAAGGUUGGUUUAUCUUUUGA